CCCCGGAGAACGACCUGGUGCUUUUACCUCAGACGAGUCGCGGGGCUCGGGGUCCACAGACCUGAAGCCCCAGGCCGGUUCCUGAGGCGGCUCAGCCAUCUACCUCUCCCGGCUCCAGACGACGCCUGACCCCGUCGGGACUCCACGCGGCUGAUAUCGGACUCCAGGAGCAGGCUACGCUUUCCAGCUCAAGGCUGGGAUGGUGACAGUGACACUGGAGCCGGAGGGCCGCUGCCCCUGGGACAAGCCGGUGCGCAUCGCCGUGCGCGGCCUGGCCCCAGGGCAGCGGGUCACGCUGCGCGCGUCCCUGCGCGACGAGAAGGGCGCGCUCUUCCGGGCCCACGCGCGCUACUGCGCCGACGCCCACGGCGGGCUGGACCUGGGGCGCGCGCCCGCGCUGGGCGGCAGCUUCGCGGGGCUCGAGCCCAUGGGGCUCUUUUGGGCUCUGGAGCCUGAGAAGCCUUUUUGGCGGUUUCUGAAGCGGGACGUGCAGACACCCUUCGCAGUGGAACUGGAGGUGCUCGACGGCCACGAGCCCGACACCGAGCGGCUCCUAGGCCGGGCGGUGCACGAGCGCGACUUCCUGCCGCCCGGGGUGCGGCGCGAGCCGGUGCGCGCGGGCCGGGUGCGCGCCACGCUCUUCCUGCCGCCAGGACCUGGACCUUUCCCAGGGAUCAUUGACAUCUUUGGUAUUGGAGGAGGCCUUUUGGAGUAUCGGGCCAGCCUUCUGGCUGGUCAUGGCUUUGCCACGUUGGCUCUAGCUUAUUAUGACUUUGAAGAUCUCCCCAAGAAAUUUGACACCAUACACCUCGAUUACUUUGAAGAAGCCCUGUGCUACAUGCUUCAACACACCCAGGUAAAGGGCCCAGGCAUUGGGCUUCUGGGCAUUUCUUUAGGGGCUGAUAUUUGCCUCUCCAUGGCCUCAUUUUUGAAGAACAUCUCAGCCACAGUCUCCAUCAAUGGAUCUGCGUUGAGUGGAGACAAAGCCAUAUACUAUAAGGAGAAUAGCAUCCCGCCAUUGGGCCAUGACCUGAGGAGAAUGAAGGUAGCUUUCUCAGGCCUCCUGGACAUUGUAGAUAUAAGGAAUGAUAUUGUAGGGGGAUGUAAGAACCCCUGCAUGAUUCCAAUAGAAAAGGCCCAGGGGCCCAUCCUCUUCAUUGUUGGUCAGGAUGACCAUAACUGGAGGAGUGAGUUAUAUGCCCAGAUAGCCUCAGAACGUUUACAGGCCCAUGGAAAGGAAAAGCCCUGGAUCAUCUCUUACCCUGGGACUGGCCAUUACAUUGAGCCUCCUUACUUCCCUAAGUGCCCAGCUUCCCUGCACAAAUUAUUGGACAAACCUGUGAUGUGGGGUGGGGAGCCCAGGGCUCAUUCUAAGGCCCAGGUAGAUGCUUGGAAGCAAAUUCUAACCUUCUUCUGCAAACACCUGGGAGUAUCUGCCAAAUUGUAAUGCAUUGAUCUGUUACUGACAUGAGGGAUUCAAGGUCAGAUUUCUGUGUUUAAUAAUCUUAUAUGAAUCAGUUGUCCCCUGGAUAACAUUAAAUUCAUGUCACUGGUAUUAAUGGUGUAUUUCAGGUAAAUUUUUGAGUGUUACUUUGUCAUUAAUUUUCCUAAUGUAACACAUACCUAUUUUAGAAGAUUCAGUUAGAAGUAUACAAUACAAAAUAGUAAAAAGCAUGCCCACUAUUAACAUUUGCGUUUUCAUCUAGAUUUUUUUACUUAACAAUUUGAAGCGCAGAUGAGAUUUAAAGCUGAACAAGUACUGGGUUACUUUUUCCAUUGCUGGGAGGCAAUGGCCAUCCAAUGUUUGCUACUGUUUCAACUACUGGUAGCAGGGUAGAAUUUUCAUUGACCAAAAAUAUACUGAGAGGUAUUGACAGAGGGAAAGCCAGACUGAAAUUUUUCUCAUGGAGCUCAGAGAAGAAUCCUCUGGGAGGAGGAGUUAGGGUAAGAAGGGGAUCAUCUGGCUCUAGAACAGUUAAGUCCAAACUCUGUCCCAAGCAAGAGUGAUUAUGAACUAUUUUCCUUCUUACUCAAAGAACAGACUUUGGAAAAUCAUACUGUCAUGUUCUUAGGGGUAUCAUUCUUCACUUUCCUUGACAUCAAGUCUACAAAGUAUUGUGUAAUUGUAUUUGAAGUGAUAACAGCUGAGAAUUUUUGAAAACUAACGAAGACAUCAAGCCACAUAUCUCAGAAGCACAAUGUCUUAUCUCGGGCUUCUUUAACGAAGUACCAUGGACUGGGUGGCUUAAACAACAGAUAUUUUUUUCUCACAGUUCUGGAGACUGGGAAGUCCAAGAUCAAGGUUCCAGCAGGUCCAGUUCCUGGUGAGGGCCUCUUCCUGGCUUACAGACACCUGCCAUCUUCUUGUGUCCUCAACUGGCAGAGAGAGGAAGCUCUGGUUUCUCUUCCUCUUUUCAUUAGGACACUAAUCCCAUCAUGGGGGGGGGGGGUCUCACUCAUGACCUCUUUUAAACCUAACUGCCUCCCAAAGGCCCUACCUUCAGUUACCAUCACAUUAGGGUCUCAGAUUUCAACAUAUGAAUGUUGAAGGGACACAUUCUGUUCGUAACAACCGUACACCUCAAGCAACUUAAAUACAAAGAAAACCAUAUUUAACACAUCACAGAAAAAUUCUUUGUGGCAGUUUUAUAACUUAAUUACAAAUUCUUUGACAUUUCUGGCUAGAAACAUACACUAUGCCAAGACUAAAUAAGAAAGAAAAAGACAACUUGAACAGACUAAACACUGGCAGUGAAAUUGAAUUUGUAAUUUAAAAAACCAACCUCCCAGCAAACAAAAGUCCAGGACCAGAUGGCUUCACAGGGGAAUUCUACCAAACAUGUAAAGAUCAGUUGAUACCUAUCCUUCUCAAACUAUUCAAAAAAAAUUGAAGAGGACGAAAUAAUCCCAAAAUCAUUCUACAAGGCCACCACUACCUUGAAUCCAAAACUAGGCAAUGAUGGUACAAAAAAAGAAAUUACAGACCAAUAUCUUAGAUGACUAUAGAUGCAAAAAUUGUCAACAAAAUGUUAGCAAACUGAAUCCAACAAUUUAUAAAAAUGAUCAUACACCACAGUAAAUGGGAUUUAUUUCAGGCCUAACAGGAUGGUUCAAUAUUCACAAAUCAUCAAUGUGAUACACCACAUUGACAACAAGAAGGAUAAAAAUCACGUGAUCAUCACAAUAGAUGUAGAAAAAGCAUUUGACAAAAUUCAGUAUCCAUUCAUGAUAAUGUUUUGCUUAUAUUUUCUUCUAGGAGGUUUAUUGUAUCUUAUGUUUAAAUCUUUGAUCCAUUUUGAGUUUAUUUUUGUGUAUGGUGUAAGGGGGUGUUCUAGCUUCAUUGAUUUAUAUGUUGCUGUCCAGUUUUCCCAACACCAUUUGCUGAAGAGACUGUCUUUAUUCCAUUGUAUAUUCUUCCCUCCUUUGUCGAAGAUUAGUUGACCAAAAGUUUGUGGGUUCAUUUCUGGGCUCUCUGUUCUGUUCCAUUGGUCUAUAAGUCUGUUUUUGUACCAAUACCAUGCUGUUUUGAUGACUGUAGCUCUAUAGUAUUGUCUGAAGUCUGGGAGACAGUCUUGCUACUUCUAUUUAACAUUGUAUUAGAAGUCCUAGCCACAGCAUCAGACAAGAAAGAGAAAUAAAAGCAUCCAAAUUGGAAGAGAAGUAAAACUAUCACUAUUUGCAGAUGACAUGAUACUAUAUAUGGAAAACUCUGAAAACUAAAAAACAAAACAAAACAAAAAAAAACCCCAAAACUACUAGAAUUAAUAAAUGAAUUCAGUAAAGUUGCAGGAUACAAGAUUAAUAUGCAGAAAUCUGUUGCUUUGCCAACAACAACAACAACAACAACAACAACAACAACAACAACAAAAACCAUUUAAAAUUGCAUCAAAAAGAAUAAAUUGCCUAGGAAUAAACUUAGCCAAGGAUGUGAAGGACCUAUACUCUGAAAAGUAUAAAACAUUGAUGAAGAAAAUUGAAGAUGAUACAAAGAAAUGGAAAGAUAUUUUGUAUUCUUGGAUUGGAAGAAUUAAUAGUUAAAAUGACCAUACAAGCAACCUACAGUCCUUAUUAAAAUAUCUAUUUUAUGGAUUUAAUGCAAUCCUUAUCAAAAUAUCCAUGACAUUUUUCACAGCAGUAGUAGAAUAAUCCUAAAAUUUAUAUGGAAACACAAAAGACCCUGAACUACCAAAACAAUCUUGAGAGAAAAGAACAAAGUUGGAGGUAUCAUGCCCCCUGUCUUCAGACUACUACCAAGCUACAGUUAUCAAAAUAGCAUAGUACUGGUGCAAAAACAAUCAUACAGAUCAAUGGAACUGAAUAGAGAGCCCAGAAAUAAACCCACGCACCUAUGGUCAAUUAAUCUACAACAAAGGAAGCAAGAUUAUACAAUAGCAAAAAGACAGUGUCUUCAAUAAACUGUUAGUGCUGAGAAAAGUGGACAGCUACAUGUAAAACAAUGAAAUUAGAACAAUUUCCUCAUGCCACAUACAAAAGUUAACUCAAAAUAGAUUAAAGACCUAAAUGUAAGACCUGAAACCAAAAAACUUCUAGAAGAAACACAGACAGAAUACUCUUUGACAUAAAUCAUAGCAAUAAUUUUGGGAUCUUCCCCUAAGGCAAAAGAAAUAAGAGCAAAAACAAGCAAAUGUUACCUAAUUAAACUUAAAAGGUUUUGCACUGCAAAGGAAACUAAACAAAAUGAAAAGACAACCUACUGAAUGGAAGAAAAUAUUUGCAAAUAUAUGACCAACAAGGGAGUUAUGUCCAAAAUACAUAAACAACCCAUACAACUGAAUAUCAAAAAGAACAAAACAACCCAAUUAAAAAAUUGUCAGAAGACCUGAAUAGACAUUUUUCCAAAGACAAUGUACAGAUGGCUAACAGGCACAUGAAGAGAGGCUCAACAUCACUAGUCAUUAGAGAAAUGCAAAUCAAAACUGCAAUGAGAAAUCACCACACACCUACCUAUCAGAAUGGCUAUCAUCAAAAAGCCUAUAAAUAAGAAAUGUUUGUGAGGAUGUGAAGGAAGAGGAACCCCUGUACACCACUGGUGGGAAUGUAAAUUGGUACAGCCACUAUAGAAAACAGUAUGGAGUUUCCUCAAAAAAUUAAAAAUAGCUUUACCAGAUGAUCCCAGCAAUUCCACUCUGGGGUAUGUAUCCAGAAAAAAUGAAAACACUGUUUUCCAGAGUCCAUGUUCCUCGUCAGUCCAAUCCAAAGUCAGAAAAUUUGGACUUGCAUUUGAAAUUGUGACCAUUCACAACAGCCUGCCGGAGGUUGGGAGCUUUUACACUACUCUCAUUGAAAGGUGAAAAUUAGAAACUAUGGCAUUAAUAUUAAUGACUGCAUUACUAAGACUCUGUGGAGGAUGCUGAGAGUUACAAUAGUUGAUUUUUCUGGUUUGAUUUUCUUUUUUCUUAGAGUAAUAUCAAAGCCAAAAACGAUGGUUUUACUUUUACUAACCUAAUGUAAAUGUUUAUCUAGACUGUUUUUAAAUGUGUUUCUUUGUGAAUGCUUCAUCUGGCUCCAGGAAGCCUGUGUCAGCUGUAUAAGUUGGUACUUGGGCACUUAAUGUUUUUCUAAGAAACAUGUUUUGGAUCCUGUACUCUAAUAAAUCAUUAUUUUUUUAAAUUAUUUUUAAAUUAAAAAAAUGAAAACACUAAUUUGAAAAGGUAUAUGAAGUCCAGUGUUAAAAGCAGCAUUAUUUAUAAUAGUCGAGACAUAGAAGCAACCCAAGUGUCCAUGAACAGAUGAAUGGAUAAAGAAGAGGUGUUAUGUGUAUACAAUGGAAUUCUACUCAGCCAUUAAAAAUAAUGUUAUUCUGCCAUUUGCAGCAAUACAGAUCUACCUAGAGAAUGUUGUGCUUAGUGAAAUAAGAAGUCAGAGAAAGACAAAUACUGUAUGUUAUCACUUAUCUGUGGAAUCUAAAAAAUAAAAUAAAUAUAUAUGGCAAAACAGAAA